AUGCAAGCAACCUUGGCCACAGCCAUUGAGAUUGUCCGUCUUCAAAAUAUUCAGACAUACAUGGUCAAUGCCAUACAGUUCAAUAAGCUCCGUAAGGCCCCAGACAUCCAUGUUGGACAAGAAGUCCUGGUGUUUACCCAACAGCUCUCUCUGUUAUGUAUGAGUGUCUGUACUUUUAAUUUAAAUCUACAAUUAUGUUGGAUACAACACUCUCGACCUGGCCGGUCUGGAAAACUCUCUUGGGCAUGGAAGGGUCCUUAUGAAAUCGAAGCCAUCAGUCAUGACCAAUACUCUCUAAGACCCUCUCCUACAAGCAAUCAUCGCGCACUCAAUCAAGUCCAUGCUCAACGAAUUAAGGCGUACCACAGACCAGAAGUCCCUGUCUUGGCCAUCAAGAACACCAGCCUCUAA